CUUGACCUUUGGUAAUCCCCGGCAAAUUGACUAAAGUUUAUUGUGCUUUGAAUAAAGUUGACGCGCGUAAAUUGCUUAAGCGCAGAGGCUCACCUGACCCACACCUGACACAGCCGCCCACCAAGCUCUCCCUCCCCCAAGGUGUGACACGGCCAGCAAGAUGUAUGGCAUGCUAUAUGAGAGCGUGCAGCACUAUAUACAGGAGGAGUAUGGGAUAGAGACGUGGAAGAAGAUAUGCCAGAUAGUCGACUGCAAGCACAACACAUUUAAGACUCAUCAGAUAUAUCCGGACAAGCUGAUGCCGGAUAUUGCGGCUGCCCUGUCCGCCUGUACGGGCGAGUCCUUUGACUUUUGCAUGAAUUUCUUCGGGAAGUGUUUCGUGCGAUUCUUCAGCAAUUUUGGCUAUGACAAGAUGAUACGUUCGACGGGUCGAUACUUUUGCGAUUUCCUGCAGUCCAUCGAUAAUAUACACCUGCAGAUGAGAUUCACAUAUCCGAAGAUGAAGUCGCCCAGUAUGCAGCUAACCAAUAUGGAUGAUAAUGGAGCGGUCAUAUUAUAUCGCAGUGGACGCACAGGGAUGUCCAAGUAUCUCAUCGGACAGAUGACGGAGGUGGCCAAGGAGUUCUAUGGCCUGGAAAUGACAGCCUAUGUAAUAGAAAGCCAAAACGAUAUAAGUGGUGGGACAGCAGGACCAAUCAAGCUGUCGGAUGGUCCAUUGACGGUUAUAGUAAAGUAUCGUCUGGACUUUGAUAACCGCGACUAUAUGGCGAAACGUGUCAACAUUGUCGCCCAUCCUACCCAGCUUAUGAUGCCCCAUGUGGACUUGAAUGUUUUCCUUGAGCUGUUUCCAUUCACUAUUGUUUUGAAUCAUGAUAUGAAGAUCACUUUAGCUGGCGAGAAGAUAAUUGAGACGUGGAUAUUGCAUAAUCCGGGUGUUAAUCCAAAAAGCUUUAUUGGCACCCAUGUCAUGGAUGUGUUCAAGUGCCGUCGGCCAAAGGACACGAAAAUCGACUGGACCACCAUUUUACAGAUGCGAACAGUUCUCUUCGAGAUGGAGCUGAUUCGCACCGGGCACAAUCGGGCUGCAUACGAUAAGGCCCUUACAAUGGACUAUGAGAACCUCGAUGAAUUGAGCUUAAACGAGGCCCAGACUAUGGCAUUAGCUAAAGCCGAUGAGUUUGAGAAGGAGCAAGUGAAAGAGCAAGCAGAAGCGGCAGCUUCCAAGGAGGAAAUCGAUCCAGCCACAGGACAGCGCAGGCCGUCCGUGGGUCUGCGUUCUAUUCUCCUCAAAGGACAGAUGUUCUAUAUCAAGGAUGUUGACUCGCUGAUCUUUCUUUGCAGUCCCCUGAUAGAGAAUCUGGAUGAGCUGCAUAGUAUUGGUCUGUACCUGAAUGAUCUCAACCCGCAUGGUCUGAGCCGUGAGCUUGUUAUGGCGGGCUGGCAGCAUUGCUCCAAGCUGGAAAUUAUGUUUGAAAAAGAAGAGCAGCGAUCUGAUGAACUGGAAAAGUCGUUGGAGUUAGCUGAUUCCUGGAAGAGGCAGGGAGAUGAACUUCUCUACUCCAUGAUACCGCGACCCAUUGCGGAACGCAUGCGCAUGGGCCAAGAGCAUGUCUGCCAGAGCUUUGAAGAGGUUUCCGUAAUUUUCAUUGAAGUGAUGAACAUCUACGAUAGCGGAUCAACAAAUGUUCAGGAAGCAAUGCAAGCAGUCAACACCUUAAACAAAGUUUUCUCUGCGCUCGACGAGGAGAUCAUAUCACCCUUCGUCUAUAAGGUGGAAACUGUGGGCAUGGUCUAUAUGGCUGUGUCUGGAGCCCCUGAUAUUAAUCCACUCCAUGCCCAGCAUGCCUGCGACCUGGCGUUGCGCGUCAUCAAGAAAGUGAAAGCCCACAAUCUGCCGGAUGUGGCUAUUCGAGUGGGCAUCAACUCUGGGCCGGUGGUGGCGGGUGUUGUGGGCAUGAAGGUGCCGAGGUACUGCCUCUUUGGCGACACUGUGAACACGGCCUCACGCAUGGAGAGCAGCUGCGAUCCUUGGAAGAUACAACUAUCUAACUAUACGGCCAUGAAAGUGCGUGAGGUGGGGUACAAGGUGGAGGCACGCGGCUUCGUAAAAGUCAAGGGCAAGGGCGAUAUGGAAACCUAUUGGUUGCUCGAGGGACCAGAAUAAUUAUAAAUGUAUUAUUUAAAUUUUGUAGUCAAUAAAAGUCGAUAUUUGUGGA